AUGGCUCCCACGCUGGAAGCUCCUUUUUUGGCUUGCCACGUGCGUGUGUCAUCCAUGAAGUGUGAGAAACUUGAAGAGGAGCUUUUUGAACUUCCUAGAAAGGUUGACUCGCUCUGAAAAGCCACGAAUCAUGACAAGCCAAACUUUUGUUUAUUGGGUUAUGUUAGGCAUCAAUUCGGACGCCCACCUUCUCAGUUCAUCUCCGAAACCUAUAAGCCUCGGAGAAGUGAGCAGAGAGCCCUGAAGGAGAAGCCUUUCACGACUCCAAACGAGUUUUUUCGGCGCGAGAUCCCUUUUUUCAUUCUUUCUCAAUUUUGCAAGAGCUCUUGAUUUUUCGGACCUUUUUGCAAGUCUUAUUUUUUUCGAUUUUUGCCCUAUUCCCACUAAUUUCUUAUGGAUGUUUGAGCAUUCAGCCGUGUUUCUGAAAGAAGAAGUGGCGAAACUUUCAAACUCCUCAGAAAUUACGACAAGCUCUUAUGUGAACAAUUGUUGUCACGGCUCUUUUCGAACUUGUCCUCCCAAUGUUUCCAAGCUUCGCGACAGAAAAAGGAAUGUAACAAAUGGACGUUCGUGGGCGUUGUCGACUAGGGUGAUGAUAAAUGUCGGACAACUUCUUUUUCAGAACUUUUUCCUCUUUUUCGGCUUUCUCGAGUUAAAUAAUCCUUAUUUUUGAAUCGAAAAUGAAAUUGCGCGGAAAAGUUGGCCUUUAUUGUGAAGCGAGGCCGGAAUAAGCCACGUCCUUGAAAUGGGAGUUUGCUUUAAGUUUCCGUUUCUUUCUAAAUUGAAUCCUGAGACGUUCUGCGCGAUCUUCAGCUUCAGAAUUGCUUCCCACACGUUGACGUCCUCACGAUUAAAGUCCAAUGAACUUUUUUCGCCGAUUUUUUUUUCGUAGGAUAAUAAGAACAGAAAUGACCCUUGCAGAGUUCGAAAUUCCUACGUAGACUUUAGUUUUUGAAAUAUCCGCGUGUCAUCAUCCUUUUUCCCAGGAGUUUUAAAACUAUUGUUUUUUUUCAAGCGGGGAUUAUAAAUAACUUCCUACCGUGAAUAACCAGAAGGAGGGUCUUUUUUUUCGUGAAAAACCUUCCUUCUGGUUUUCAAAAUUAUUUUUUUCUAGUUUACAUCUCCCCAAAAAAAUCUCUCAAUUUUCAGAGCGGAAAUGGCCUGUUCAUCAUCAAAAGUAUUGUUAGCUUACCUACUGAGAAUUUUUGCAAUAUUAUCUUUUUCGGUGAGCGAACAAUUCUACCGCUCACUUUCAUUCAUUUUCCCAGGAAUCGGUGUGUUGUCAGCAGAAAGAGUUGCUCAAGUUUCUCUUCAAAGACUACCACAAAGAACUGAGGUAGCAAAUGACUCUUUCAGACAGUUAUUUUGCAUGUAGGCCUGUGAAAGACGAGAGUUCUGGGCCGACAAACGUUACAGUGCAGCUUUAUUUCAAGCAAAUCCAGAAGGUACAAGAAAACGACCAAAUUAUCACACUUUAUUGCUGGAUCGAAGAGGUUUCUUCUGUUUUUAAGGUUAUUAGGAGAGCCGUGUUUUAGUACUGGUCGGACGAGUUCCUGAUGUGGGACCCCGAAGAAUUCGACGGCGUCUCCUCCUUGCACGUCCCUUCGGACAUGAUCUGGAAGCCUGACCUUCUCGUUUACAACAAGUUAUUUUUCUUUCUUCUCUUAGUCUUUUACGAAAAAAUCAAAGAGAAGCAAAAUUCCUUCAAUUUCGAACCUUAAUUUUAUUUUGACGAAUUUUCAAGUGAAGCAGCGAGACUAGCCACUUUAUUAUAUUCCAAAAUACGCUGGCCAUAUUUUCCCCGUUCUUCCAAAUGGAAUCUUCUUUGUGGGAAAAUUGAGAAAUAUUUUCAAUUCUCUAAAAGAUUCUGUUAUGAACUUUUUCUAGCGCGAAUAUGAAUAUCAAGGAGAACGAAAUGCAGACAAACGUCCAAAUAGAGCACACCGGACGAAUCUCUUUGUUUAGGUGAGUCGGUUGGAUUUGUACUGAUAGAAAAUUAUCUUUGAAUAGUAAUUAUGAAUUAUUUACAGAGCCAUUAUUACGGAUAUAACGUGUGAUUUGCAAAUGGAAAAAAAUUCCCAUAUGAUCAGGCAAGCUAUUUUUUUCUCAAACGGUAAAACAGAUAAAAAAAGUUUAUGAAGUCAAAAAUGAAAUUUCAGAACUGUUCAUCCCAAAUUUGAAAAAAAGAGUAAUUUAAAAUGAAUAGAAGAAAAAGUUAACGUUUGCGGUCUAGAGAAGAAAUUUAUUUAAAAAAACUUCAAGUCGAAAUAAAAAAAGUUUUUUUAGCAGUGCAGAAUAACUCUCUUAUUAUGAAAACUCUUUUUUUAAAGCUAAUAUUGGGGAAGAAAAAUCUAAAAGAUGUAAAUUGUUCAGCAAACGUGUUUCAUAAUGUUGGCGUCUUGGUCUUACGACGGCUCGCAGAUUAUGCUUCAGACUGCCGAAGAACCCACAGAAGCUCCUCUCGAUCUCAAAAACCGGUUCGAAACUGCCUUCUUGGGCGCAUUGCUGAGGAACUGCGAUUUCAGGACAAACUUGGCUAUUUUGACGCACUAUAUCCCGAACAUGGAGUGGAAGCUGGUCGACUUCCGCUACAGAAGCAACUUGAAGUACUACGACUGCUGUCCGAACCCCUAUCCGGACAUUUCCUACUUCUUCGCCAUCAAACGCAAUCCUUCCUACUACCUCUUCACUUUGAUCAUCCCAUCGGCCUUCAUAACCAUCGUCACAGUCAUCGGUUUCUUCACGCCACAUUCCUCGACCGGAGAAAACACCGAAAAAGUGAGGCAGAGCAAAAUAGUUCGUAUUCGAUCGUUUUGCAGGUCAGCUUGGGUGUGACUGCACUUUUAUCUUUGGCUAUCAUUUGUGAGUGAUUUCGAAAGUUCUUAUUAUAUUACUUAUUGUUUAGUGAUGAUGGUUUCCGACAAACUUCCAGCCACUUCAAACUCUGUUCCUUUACUCGGUUAGUUCUGAACGAUUUUUAUCUUGAAAAGUUUCCUUGCUUGCGGAUAAAAGUUAUUUGCCGCGAAACUAGUUUCUAGUCACUAAAAUGUGCAUUUUACGUAAAAAUUCAACGCCAACAUGACAGUCUCUGACAGAAGACUGCAGCUCCUAUUCACAAACUUUACAGGGCAGUAUUACAUCGGACUGAUCUUCAUAAUGUUCCUGGCGACGUAUUGCACGACCUUCACGCUGGGCAUUCAGAUGCAGGGCAACGCGGUAGGCCUCCCUUUCAGGAGAAUCCCCAGAGUUCGGGUUCAGGGACGACCGAUCACCCGACGUCUUCGCGCCUUUCUGCUCUCCAUCCGGAUGAACCGCUCCUCCUUCGUCCAGUGGUUCUUCGGUCGAGAGCUCAUGAACACUCAAGAAAGUAUCAAAAUGAGACUCAAGAAAUAUGUACGUUUAUAGUCAGCUUAUUGCUCGGUUUGCCGUAAGCUUUCUUGAGGAAAAGCUAACAUUUUCCGCAAUUUUUCUCGGCUUGCAAUCUUUUUUGGAAGAGCGUUAUUUGGAUUUAAAGCAUGUUUUCACUAACAACUAUGCAGGACAAGUUGUCUGCGUUAAAAAAGACAUUUGCCAACGACUUUCUUCAAUUCCAGCAAAAGCUGCUCCGAACCGACGAACCGAGGGUGAGUUGUCCACAUAUAUUCUUGAAAAACCAAUUUGAAACUUUUGAUGAUUUUUUCGGCCUGCUUGGAGUAGGACACGGUUGGUCGGUGGGAAAAAACUGCGACCUCCGUAAAAUUUAGAAGAGUCAUGUUGAACAGAAAACUGAUCUUUUUUAUAAGCAGAAUAGUUUUCGAUCUCCGACGAAGAACUUAUUUCGCAAGCUAGCGAAAUGUUAUUGAAUUAAAAUCUAGAUACCAGCCCAGAAAAUUUUUUCAAUUCACCUUGCUCGAUUUUUUUUUGUGUGACAUUCGUUCAUCAUCCCAGUCAUGCAAGCAUGCUUGUGUUCAAUGCCGCCUUUCCAAACACUUUCGAAAAAGUUCUCCUGAAAACAAAAUGGUUGCAGCAUCCGAAAUCGAGUGUCGGCGAGACCGAGUCCGUCGACAGCUCCAAGCUGCAGGAUCCGGCCCUGUACAACGUCGUGGUGGACGUUCUCGCCGGCGUCCAGGCCAUCAGACAAGAUCUCACGGCCCAGGAGCACCUCAAACGCAUCCGCAAAGAGUGGCAGAUGCUCGCCAGGUUCUUAUCAUCCAAGAAAAAUCUUUUCUACAAAUGUAAAAUUAUAGUCGAAGUUUUGAGUUAACUAGAGUCUCAACUUUCGUUUUUCAAUAGCUGUAUAAUUUUCUCGUGGACCAUGAAGUACACCGCUCCUGUGUAGAGAGUUUUACGGUGGCGAAUUCCCAAAAGUUGGUAGCUUUGAGUUUUUCGCUGUUCAGCAGAGAAGUUCGAUCGCCUCGGAGAGAAAGAAUAGAUUAAAAACGAUUCUGACUCACUGAGCUACAUUUUCUCCUUUCCAAUGAUCCAUUUUAAUUGAACUUUCGAAAAAAAAAAGAGUUUUAUCCUUUUCUUUUCAUUAGGACUAAUUCGCCAAACCCAUGACUUUGCGUCAGAGUCUUUUCGUAGAUUUUUUGGACAUUUUUUUAGUGCUGUGUCUUUGGCAAUCGCAGUUGUUUUGGCAAAAUAAGCUGGAGUGGUCUGCGAAAAGUAAAUCUAAGAAAAAAGUAUUUUUUUGCUCGACAUGUGAGAUAAAAGUCCAGGUAUGGGUUUCAGGGAUGCUUUGCUUUCGGAAAGAAAAAAACUUUCCAGUUUCUCUACAGGAACAAUUUUUUUUUUCAGAAUGAUGGAGAAGAUCAUAAUGUGGGUUUUCAUCGUUUGCACUGUCCUCUUCGCCAGUUUCAUGCUCUACGACACGCAAGAACCGCCGAUAAUCACAGAUGCAGUGAUGCGGUCGAAAUCCACUUGA